AUGACGCGCCCGGGCAUCCCGGUCAUAUUCACCCAACCACCGGCAAUUUGCGACCCGCUCGACACAGAAACAACAGAUCUGCAAACUUCGACUCGGGAGAAAUGCCUACCAUUCCUAAAAGGCACCCAUAGCAGUCAAAGUGACCACAAUGAGCACGGCGUGCCGGCUCUCAAGCGCGACCUCCAUGUAGCCUACCUCUACGACUCGCUGGAGGACUACCCAGCUGGCUUUGUAGCCAUGGACGCUAGUCGGCCCUGGAUGGUCUACUGGGGCCUUGCGGGGUUUGCCAUGCUGGGCGAGGAUACGUCCAUAUUUAGAGAUCGUGUUAUUGCUACGCUUCGGCCCAUGCAGAACCCCUCUGGGGGCUUUGGGGGCGGACAUGGCCAGACUUCACAUCUGGCGGGCAGUUAUGCAGCCGUGCUGUCGCUCGCAAUGGUUGGUGGUGAAGAGGCGCUGGGACUAGUUGAUCGACAUGCGAUGUGGCAGUGGCUUAGUCGGGUUAAGCAGCCUGAUGGCGGGUUUCGGGUUUGCGAGGGCGGCGAGGAAGAUGUGCGAGGCGCGUACUGCGCGAUGACGAUUAUUUCCCUAUUGGAUCUGCCGCUCACUUUGGCGGAUGGGGAAGCGCGAGAGGCUGGUUUGGAGACUUUGACCAAUGGUCUUCCCCAGUAUCUUUCCAGAUGCCAGACGUUCGAAGGAGGAAUCUCCGGCAGUCCGGGGUCUGAGGCCCAUGGCGCAUAUGCCUUUUGCGCACUGGCAUGUCUUGCUAUUAUGGGGCCUCCGGAGGACGUCUUCCCCAGACAUAUGGACAUUUCCAUGCUUGUAUCAUGGCUCUCAGCACGCCAGUCUGCGCCGGAAGGUGGUCUCUCCGGAAGAACCAAUAAGCUGGUGGACGGAUGUUACAGCCAUUGGGUUGGUGGCUGCUGGCCAUUACUUGAAUCUUCAUUGGAUGGUAAGCCUGGGAGCACUGAGCCUCCAGUCAACAGUCUUUUCAGCCGCGAGGGCCUUACCCGCUACAUCCUUGCUUGCUGCCAAGGUAAUGAUGGCGGUCUCCGCGAUAAGCCGGGAAAACACGUUGAUUCUUACCACACAUGCUAUGUACUAGCAGGACUAAGCGCGGCUCAACACCACCACUACCGCACUGAUUCGAGCACUGUAUCGGAAGGUUUUUCCUCUGCAUUUUCCUGGAAGUCUUCGCCCAGCCACGCCGAGGAUAGUGUAUUCUCGGAAGGUGAUCGGCUAGCGCCACUUCACCCCUUGUAUCUGAUCCCGCACAAGGAUGCAGAGAAAAUGCGGCGCUGGUCGGAGGACCACCCACUCGCCUAA